GAGUUAAUGAGUUUAUUCACGAAUUUCGGAUGACGCAGCAAUAUUUGCCGAAUGCAGGAGAUAAAGUGAUCUUAAAAUGAACGGACAGAACGACAGACGAGUUAGAAGACGCGGCAAUGUGCUACAUCGGCUGCUGCAGUGACCACAUGUGAAGCAACCGCCCUCCAAAAAUCCCACGUCAACCCAGAACCCGCAACCAAAACGCAGCCCGAACUGGAAAGAAGUGGCUUCGCUGUUGCACCUGGCUGAACACGGCUGGUUCCGCUGUCCCGCCGGGAAGACUGCAUGUAUUUUCAUGUUGCGGAGGAGCAGCGAUUGUUAAUGCCACCGCCUCGCAAUCUUCACAGCUCCUCUGAAGGAAAAAACCGAAGGUGAGACCGAGAUCCGGGUAAGCUGCCUUCUCUGACGGGGGAGGAGGGGGGUCUGCGGUCGAGGCGGGGCGGCUGGAGGCGGGGCGGUCCCUUGGUUCAUUGGUGGGAACGCGGCCGUUCAGCUCCGCGUCACGGCGGGCGGUCCCGCGUUCCCGUAGCUCCGCGGCGGAGCGGGAUGGCGGCGGCUGGUGCGCGGGGAGCAGGUCCCGGCCAGCCGAGGCGGGGCGCGGCGGCGGCGCCCAUCUGAAGCUCGGCGGAGGAGGCGCGGCCGUGCCCUGUUCCUGCUGCCGGCCGGCAUGGAGGUGGCCGGCCUGGAGUGGCUGCUGGGCCCGAUGCAGCAGCUGGUGUCGUGGGGCGCGGCGGGGGCCAUGGUGUUCGGCGGCGUGGUGCCCUACGUGCCCCAGUACCGAGACAUCAGGCGGACGCAGAACGCCGAGGGCUUCUCCACCUACGUGUGCUUGGUGCUGCUGGUCGCGAACAUCCUGCGGAUACUGUUCUGGUUUGGAAGGCGCUUUGAAUCCCCUCUUUUGUGGCAAAGCAUUAUCAUGAUCAUAACUAUGUUACUGAUGCUGAAACUAUGCACUGAAGUACGUGUGUCCAACGACCUAAACAUAAAACGCCGCUCUUUUUCAGCUGCAGAUAGUAAGGAUGAAGAAAUUAAAGCACCUCCCAAGAGAUCUUACCUGGAUUUUGACUUGAACUAUUUUUGGCAUUGGAGCAAGUUUACGGACUACGUGCAGUGUGUCCUGACCUUCACUGGUAUCACCGGUUACAUCACUUACCUCUGGCUUGAUUCAUCUCUCUUUGUGGAAACCUUGGGCUUCCUUGCAGUUUUCACAGAGGCUAUGUUAGGUGUUCCUCAGCUCUACCGUAACUACCAGAAUAGGUCCACAGAAGGAAUGAGUGUCAAGAUGGUGCUGAUGUGGACCAGUGGGGACACUUUCAAGACUGUUUACUUCAUCUUGAAUAAGGCCCCAUUGCAGUUCUCCAUUUGUGGACUCCUGCAGGUGUUUGUGGACAUGGCUAUCCUGCUGCAGGUUUACUUGUACAGCUCCUACCCUCAAAAGCCUGCAUCCCACACCACACACCCUGCCAGCACCAAGGCUCUGUAAGAUGUUCAACAGGGUGGGCUGCAGGCCCAUGGAACUUGAGAGUCUGCCAUGCACCUCCUCUUCCACUUCUAAGUACUCCUGCAUUGCUGAGUUGAAGCAGAAAUGAGAAAAAGAAUUGAAAAUCUGGUUGCACUUCCAGCUCUGGAGGUUUUAUUUGAAAUAACUUGUUCUCUCUGUUCUCAGACUUUGCUGUACAGAACUGUUUCCUGGUGGGAGGGGGGCACUUUAUUUUUGCGUAUGUACCUACGAGCCUUAUCAGUUCACAUAUGUUUGUAUAUUAAUCACAAGGGCUAGGCAUUUUGUUUAUAAUGCUAUUUAAAAAAUGUUACAACACAGAAAUUAUAAGAUAUUUUGUCUGAAACCUUCACCUAUUUAUAUUAUAUAAAGUCUGUAUAUUGGUAGGAAGGUUGUGGUAUGUGUUAGCAUUCAGUAUCUCUGCGAUGUAGGACAAAGUGUUGAAGAGCAAAUGCAGGAGCUUUUUUUUUUUCAAGAAGAGUGUCUAGUAAGCAGAGAGGGGUAGAGGGAGAGAGGCCCUGUAAAGAGGUGAGCAACUGAAAAUGAAGCUGUCACAUACAGCAUCAGCAUGCAGAAGAGUGAGUGGUAGACGCUGGUACCUGCUCAGUGUGGCAGACAGAUACAUCAGGGUGAGGAAUGGGGUCUGCAUAUGGGUGAUGUUGCACCACGUGUAAAGCAGGCACAGAUAGUAGAGUGGUCAGCCAUCAGGAGAUGUGAACAGGAGACUGCAGGGGAGGGGCUGUGGCUCAGUUUUGUGUUGAUGCAGCAGACAGGCUAUGCUAUGCUCACAGUGCAGCGCUGCCACAAACCCAGAGGCCAGUAGAUGUGCAUUGCCAGUAUUGCCAGGAGGUAGUUCUAGCUGGCAAAUGUGAGCCACUGAGUGUCUCCUCUUUCAUUGCCUCAGAGCAGGCAGUGAAGAAUUCUGAAAGAGUCCUAUUCUUAUGGACUCCAGUGGAACAGUAUCCCACCACUUGAUUUGUGGAGGCUGAAAUUCACAUUUGUGUUGCUUAAUGCCAAACAAGAACCAGUUGGUAUGUUCGGGUGUUUCUGGCAUUGGUCCAUGUUUUCCUUUUUCUGUUUCUUACGAUCUUUCAAGCUCUCAGGAGAAUCAACAGUUAGAAAGAGGGACCAGGGCAGAGAGUUUAUUUAUAGAUGUAGUUGUCUGUGCUGGCCGUUUUCCACCAUAGGUCACCAUGCCCUUUCUGAGCACUGCAUGAGUCUGGAAGCUGUGGGUGCUGUGUGACCUGUAGGGAACUGUGUCCAAGCUCCUGCGCUUCUGCCCGUUGCUGUAGGGAAACUGCUGCUGUUGUUGUGAGGGCAGCUGCAGUGAGACCCCAGCCCAGCUGAGCUUUGCCUUCCUCAGCAAGACCCCCUCCCUGCUGCCAGUGAUCCCUGGUGUGGCAAGAGGGAGGGGCUGGAUUCUUCAGAAUAGUUUUGGGUUUUUUUCUUCCAAGAUUAGCAUAAGAGCUUAUGUUUUCUUAUCAGUGGCACCAAGUCUGAGAUUUCAUACCUUCAGUAUAUAAAUCAGGUACUUUCCCCAUGGUGUUUUAUUUGAGACUCUCAUGACCUGCGUCUGGACUGUCUCCAGGGGUGGCAAGCCAUUCUCUGUGGGGCACCAGCACCAGGCUGCAGCAGUAGCUGUGUGACACUGGGUUGGAAAUGCCCAUUGCAAGGAAGGGAACAGUGAGUCAGCCCUGCAGGCUGCGCCACUUGGCAGACAUGUGCCCAUCUUACUCCCGGCAGCCCAGGCUGCUGUCAAGGCUCCUGAUAACAUGUGCCAUCUUGGCAUGGGCACACUGCUGGCAGAGAGCAGAGAUCGUGCUUGGAGGCUGAGCCACCCUGCCUUCAGUGGGGAGGAAAGGGGCUCCCUCAGGAACCAGCUAUCCAAUAGAUCUGGUUGGGCAGAGCUAUUUUGAGGGCUGGGCCCAGCUGCUUUGCCUGGGUGCUGCCUCCACACUCCUCCUGUUUGACACCUUACUCUUUUAGGCCUGAAGUGACCUUACAAUGACAACGUACCCUGGCAUGGCAGACUAUGAAUGUUUUGUUCUUCCUUUUAUUCCAAUGUUCUGAUUGCGUUUAAAGAACGGCUUGGCUUUUGUCUUUUUAAAUCAAAAACAUAAUUAUCGGCUGGCAUCUCUGAUAUGCUGCUUUAAUGAGGAUUGUAUUUCUACUGUAUGCAAAUGAACACUUUCUGUGUGUUUUAAUGAUCUGGGUUUUAGUUGUGGUGGUGUUUUUUUUAAUAACUUGUAAUGAUACAGUUUUUUUGUAUAUGCUAGUCUUUUUCUAAUCUAUGAAACGGGGAUAUCGGGAAUACAUUGGUGUUAAGAAAAAUGGUUCUGUAUGUGAGAGCUUCACUUGGGAGCGCACGCUUUUGGCCACCUCUUUGAAUCUGAACUAUGGGUAUUACUGAUAAAAUAACUUGUUAUUUUCUAAUGGGACUCCUCCCUGGGCAGAUUCUUGAGUCUGUUGUCAGUACCCAGACCAGUCUCAUUCACAGCAGAGCUGUAAAUGCUGGCAGAGAAGCCAGUGAAAACACAUCUAUCUUCUGUAUAAUGGCAUUGAAUAAGGUAGGACUCUUGGCCAGGAACUCCUGAAUAUCACUUUGUAAGAUACUUUACAGAGGAAAUGUUACAGAACUUUAUUCUUUACUUGCUGGGAAGUAUCUGUAUCAAUGAUCACCUCAGAGAUUAAGAAAUGAAUUACUUUAAAUACAUCUCUUUGAAUGUCACGGAGUUUGUUUUCUUGUCAGUUGCAAUGUUUUUUAAAAUAAAAGUUAUCUAUUACACGUAAA